CCAGCAGCGAGCCCUCCUCGCGCUCCCGCACCAUGUAUGGCCACCCAGCCCUGUCAUCGGGCUGCGUAGUGACUGCCUGGCAGCCGCCGAGCACAAACCAGCCGAGCCCGGCGGGCGGGCGGCCGGGGAGGCAGCGUCCACCCUGCCUCUGUGCUCCCCAGCCCCCCGGCUCGCUCCCUCGACGGAGACGCGUCUGCCAAGCCCUCUCCUCCUGGCAAGAGCAGCCAUGGAGGCAGCGCUGAUCUUCCUGUGCUCCCUGCUGGUGCCGGUGGUGGUGGCAGAUGUGGCCACCCAGGAGAAGGAGGAGGACCCCUUCAACUAUGAUUACCAGAGCCUGAGGAUCGGAGGGCUGGUGUUUGCCGUGGUCCUGUUCACUGUCGGCAUUCUCCUUAUACUCAGCAGGAGCUGCAGGUGCAGUUUCAACCAGAAGCCCAGAGCUCCGGGGGACGAGGAGGCUCAGGCUGAGAACCUGAUCACCUCAAACGCGACGGGAGCACAGAAAGCGGAGAACUGAACGAGAGCCAUGCGACCCAGAGACCCCGGGACAGAUGCUCGGACCGCAGAUGCCAGUGGCCUGCGAGGAAACUGCAAUCGCAGCAGCAGGUCCCUCUAAGGAGACGCGAAGCUGCUGUGUCUGUGUUACCCUCUGUACUUCAGCACCGGUUCUCUGUUUACUAACCCGACUAAACUCCGCUCCCGUCCUCUCUGCCUCCAGUGGUGUGUAAUGUUGAUGUGAGAUGAUCAUUACCUCUAGGGCUAGUCGUUGCUGAUGUUGUAAUAGUGACUUUCUCUUCACCUUU